AAUAAUCCCACAAACUAAGAAGCAAUUGCUAGGAAAACAACUACAAAAGGAGAGGAAAUAUAUAGGAACUAGAUCGACAAAGAGAAAAUGGAGAGGGGAGGCUUUGUGGUUUUGAUGAUGUGCUUGUUGUGCUUGGUGAGUGUGGUUCCAAUGGCAAAGGGAGCCGAUACAACUCCAAGUGAGUGUAAGAGGGAGAAGAAUCUUCUGGUUGGUGCAUGCAAGCCAGUUAUAGCUGGGUUUAAUCCGUCUGCAGCCUGCUGCCAACGAGUUAGGGUUACUCAUGCCGAGUGUGUCUGUCCUUACCUUAGUCCCAAGGUUGCCAAUUUGAUCAAUGUCAAUCGCAGCAUCAGGCAAAUCCAAGGUUGCGGAAGGACUGUGCCUCACAACUUCAAGUGUGGAAGUGUCACCACUCCAUAAGAAGAUCAAAGUUGAAUCCUACAAGAACGAAUAAAACAAAUUUGUGUCUCUUGGCUAGCUUUCUCAGUGUGGCGGCUAACUAAGUGAUUUACAUGGAUAUUUACAUACAUAAACUUUAAGUAAAAGUGUUUCUACCGAUACGUAGCAUGUAUUAAUAAGAACGAGACUGAGAGAGGAGGAAAGUAAACAACUUGAAAGAAAUGGAUAGGUGUUUUCUAUAUUUUGUAUGAUAUAUAAUUUUGUAUAUUCAAUGCUUGAAGUUUUUUUUCGAUG